ACAAAACAGAGAAAGAGACCAGAAGAAAGUGCUAGAAAGAAAGAACAACAUUCAUUUCCAUUCUCCAACUCUUGUUCUUCUUCUUCUUUUAUCGUCUCUUUCAGAUUCCUUCAUCUGAUUAUGAUAAAACCGUUACGUUAGAAGAAAACAUCUGAAAAAAUGGAUGCUGAUAUGAUGGAAACAGAAGCAUCGAGCUCCGGUCAGAACAACGACGUUCGUCAAUUACUCACAUUGGCUCGCCAACUCAUCAAUCAAGGCAAACCUUCUCAAGCCCUUCAAGCGGUGGUUGUAGCAGUGAAGAAUAGAGGUGGGGAUGAAGCUGUAUUCCAGUCCUUGAACCGCGCUCGCGAGCUCUAUAAAAGUAGACUGCAACAGAAUGCUGCAGCUGAUCAACUAGCUUCUUUGUUUGCCGAGUGUGCCAUAGCUGAAGUUCAACCGGCAUUAACUGAGCCAUCUGCGACGACUACCAUUACCAACCCCCCACCAGUUACCACUGAUGCUAAUGGGCCAUCCAUACUGGCAGAAAGUGGCAGGAUGCAAGUAGUGUUAGACGCAGGUUCUGAUGGUAGUAGUUUCAUCUGUUUGAAGUGCGGAGGACUUGUCAGUAUCCAACGCAAAGAUGAGCAUUAUGCAUACUGGUGUUGUUAGUCUCUCAAUGCUUGGAUAUAAGGGUGUCAAUGUCAUGGUGCAGUUCAUUAUCAAAAUUGGUUAGUCUCCAUUUGAAUACUCCAAUGCCAAUGCUGUAAACAAUAGAGUGGUUUAGUUACCAAUACAGAAAGUCCAACUAAAGGUUUUGUAUGAUGAUUGUCCAUGUUGACUCUAAUGUUACAUUGGAACCAACUGUACCUUUAGUGUGUUUUUCUGUUUCAUUUUGCUAUGAAGUUUUGAUAAAGUAAUAAUUACAAACUAAUAGUAUACUUUACUUUCAA